AUGGGAAGAACGCAAGGGGGGGGGGGGCUGGCAUUGGGGACCCGGGGGAAAACUAAGGGAGAUAGGGGUAAGCAAGACCCUGGGGCCCCAGAGUUACCUUCAUCCACUGUUCAGGCGCUCCCCGUCCGAGUGGGACCAACUAACCCGGACGGAGAGCGAACCUAUCAGUACUGGCCCUUUUCCACGAGUGACCUGUACAAUUGGAAGACCCAAAACCCUCCUUUCUCAGAGAAACCCCAAGGCCUCAUUGACCUCUUAGAUUCCAUUUUGUUCACUCAUAAUCCCACCUGGGAUGAUUGUCAGCAGCUGUUGCAGGUGCUCUUCACCACGGAAGAACGGGAGCGAAUUCUGGCAGAGGCGCCGAAACGGGUCCCAGGGGUCGACGGGAGGCCAACCACCCAGCCUCAUCUUGUGGACGAGGGGUUUCCCCUGUUGCGGCCUAACUGGGAUUUUGAGCGGGUGGAAGGUAGGGAGCGUCUCCGAGUGUACCGCCAGACUCUAAUGGCUGGCCUGCGGGCUGCAGCAAGAAAGCCGACAAAUCUGGCAAAGGUAAAUUUAGUAAGGCAAGAGCCCACUGAAAGCCCGGCAGCCUUCCUAGAGAGGCUGAUGGAAGCUUUCAGGCAAUAUACACCUAUGGACCCCCAGGCUGAGGAGUCACGCGCUGCAGUUCUGUUAGCGUUCGUGAAUCAGGCAGCCCCAGAUAUUAGGAAGAAAUUACAAAAGGUAGAGGGAUUGGGAGAACAGACAAUACAGGAUUUACUGAAAGUAGCUGAAAAGGUAUUUAAUAAUAGGGAGACCCCAGAAGAAAGGGAAGAGCGAAUUCGGCGGGAGGAAAGGGAAUUAGCGGAGAAGAUCAGGAAAGAAGAUAGGGAACAUAGGGCGAGGGAAAACCGGAAGAACCAGAAGGAGCUAGCCCAGAUUCUUUUUGCGGGGAUAAAGGCCGGAACAGAAUUGAGGGAACCUCGAGACCCCCGGACGGGAGAAAAAGAAAAACCAAAAAGGCAGGCCCUAAAGAAGGAUCAGUGCGCCUACUGCAAAGAACAGGGGCACUGGAAAAACGAGUGCCCUAAGAGGGACUCAAGGAGAGGAAUGACCCAGAGAGAGAAAAUCCCCCCUGGAACUCGAGUUCUAUAUGCGGGGGAAGACAGUGACUAGGGGAGUCGAGACUCGGCACCCCUCCCCGAGUCCUGGGUAGCCAUACAUGUGGAGGGGAAACCCGUUGGCUUCAUGGUAGAUACUGGCGCCCAACACUCUGUUCUAAAUAAAAAACUGGGACCAAUGUCUAAGAAAACCAGCUUAGUGCAAGGAGCCACGGGGACAAAAAGAUAUUGUUGGACCACAGAAUGGAAAGUAAAUCUGGGGACCCACCAGGUGUCCCACUCGUUUUUGGUGAUACCAGAAUGCCCAGCCCCUCUACUUGGAAGAGACUUGUUGACUAAAGUUAAUGCUCAGAUCCAUUUUGACCCCGGGGGAAUGUCAGUCACGGAUGGACUUGGACAACCGAUACAUGUCUUGUCCCUAGCCUUAAGAGAUGAAUACAGACUUUUUGCGCCUAAGCCCUCAGAGACCAUAGCACUAGAUGUACAACCGUGGGUCCAUAAAUAUCCAUUGGCCUGGGCAGAAACAGCAGGAAUGGGACUAGCCAAACAGAGACAUCCGGUCGUCAUCGAGCUAAAGGCCGAGGCAGUUCCUGUGAGGGUGAGACAGUACCCUAUGAGCCAAGAAGCUCGGCGGGGGAUCACUCCCCACAUUCGACGGCUCAUGGAGGCCGGAAUUCUCAGGCGAUGCCAAUCCCCCACCCCCUUACUGCCGGUGAAGAAGCCAGCGGGGACAGAUUACAGACCUGUCCAAGACCUGCGAGAAGUCAACAAACGGGUGAGUGACAUACACCCAACUGUCCCUAACCUGUAUACCCUCUUGAGCAGUUUACUGCCUGAGUACACUUGGUACACUGUGCUGGACUUGAAGGAUGCCUUUUUCAGCCUACCCCUGGCAGUUCGGAGCCAGGAGAUAUUUGCCUUUGAGUGGACUGAGGGGGAGGGCCAACCGGUAGUACAAUUAACUUGGACCCGCCUCCCACAGGGGUUCAAGAACUCCCCUACCUUGGUUAAUGAGGCUCUGAGUGAGGACCUCUAAGAAUAUCGGGCUUGCCACCCAGAGGUCAUUCUGCUACAAUAUGUAGAUGACCUUAUGUUGGCUGGAACCACAGAGGAAGCUUGCAGCCGUGCCACUGGGGACCUACUACAGACCCUAGGCAUCUCGGGGUAUCGCGCUAGCGUAAAGAAGGCACAAAUAGCCUGGCAAGAGGUCACCUAUUUGGGGUAUAAGAUCAGGCAGGGGCAAAGGUGGCUAACCCAGGCCAUGAAAGAAACAAUAUUGCAGAUACCAGAGCCCAAAAACCCCCGCCAGGUGAGAGAGUUUCUGGGGACUGUUGGAUGUUGCAGACUGUGGAUUAUGGGGUUUGCUGAGAAGGCCCGGCCCUUAUAUGAGGGAAGUAAAGAGACCCCAAACUGGACUUGGACUGAGCCAAUGAAACAGGCUUUCCAGACACUCAGACGGGCCCUACUAGAAGCCCCAGCCCUUGCCCUGCCUAACCCAAAUAAGCCAUUCCAGCUGUUUGUAGAUGAAAAGCAAGGAAUAGGAAAGGGGGUCUUGACUCAACAAUGGGGACCAUGGAAGCGGCCGGUAGCAUACCUUUCGAAGCGAUUAGACCCGGUGGCCGCUGGGUGGCCCCCUUGCCUUCGCAUCAUUGCAGCUACAGCCCUCCUCGUCCGCGACGCUGACAAGUUGACGUAUGGACAGCAACUCUCGGUUUACACCCCCCACGCCGUAGAAGGGGUUUUAAAGCAGCCGCCGGGUAAGUGGAUCUCCAAUGCCCGCUUGACACACUACCAGGCCUUGCUGCUCGAUGCCCCACGGGUGCGUUUUCAGACCCCUUGCUUCCUAAAUCCGGCCACGCUCCUACCCAACCCAGAGAAGGACAGCCCUCUCCAUAAUUGCAGUGAGAUACUGGCUGAGGCCCUGGCGGCACGAAAAGACUUAACUGAUGUACCCCUAAGCAACAGGGAGCUAGUAUGGUUCACCGAUGGGAGCAGUUAUGUAAAAGAUGGGCAAAGGAAGGCGGGAGCCGCCAUAGUUGAUGAUUCAGGGCAGACGAUAUGGGCUGAGACACUACCCCCAAACACUUCUGCACAAAAAGCAGAAUUGAUUGCCCUAACACAGGCUCUGGAGCAAGCCAAAGGGAAGAGAGUCACCAUUUUUACUGACAGCCGAUAUGCUUUCAGCACUGCCCAUAUGCAAGGUCCCAUAUACCAAGAAAGGGGAUUUCGGACAGCUGAGGGAAAAGAGGUCAAAAAUCUGCCUGAGAUUCGCAGGAUCUUGGAAGCUGUCCAACUACCCCAGGCAGUAGCUAUAGUACAUGUCCCCGGUCACCAGAAAGGAGAAGACCCUAAGGCGCGGGGCAAUCGUGCUGCUGAUGCGGCCGCUCGAGAAGCGGCUAGCCGGGACUAUGCUGCCCUCAUAUUAGCCGUGGGACUUCCACCUCCUUGUAUGGGGACCUUGCCACCAGUUCCCGAAUAUUCCCUCCCUGAUCUCGCCUGGAUCAACAAGGAUACCACCCUCCAGAAAGAUGACCAAGAUGGAUGGUACCGAGACCAAAUCAACAACCUGAUCUUGCCUGCCACCCUGGGUCGUCACCUGUGUGAACACCUGCACACAACUACACACUUGGGAGAAAAAAAGACCCUAACACUUCUCCAGACGGCCUGCCUGAGGGUCCCUCGACAAAAUGCCACUGUACGAGAGAUAAUUCAAGCCUGCGAAGCGUGCCAGCUGAUGAGGGCAGAGAAGAAGCAGCACUCGGGAACGAGGUCGACAGGAUUGGACCCUGGGUUCACUGCAAUCACGUGCGGCAAGCCACAUCGGAAGAACAGGAAAAAGCGCGAGCAGAAUGGAAGGCGAGUCCUCACCCGUCAAAUCCUUUGAAACUGAAACUCGUCUGC